CGCCUGUCAGAGGGAGGUGGCGAUGGUGCGCCCGGUGGCGGCGGCGGCAGCGGCGGCGGCGGCGGCGGCGACGGCUUCCUUGGUCGGACGGCAGCGAGAAGAAGAUGACUGACCGACCGGCUGGAUGAAUGAAUGAAUGGCGGAGCCGAGCGCGCCAUGAGGAGCCUGCCGAGCCUGGGCGGCCUCGCCCUGUUGUGUUGCGCGGCCGCCGCCGCCGCUUCGGCAGCCUCGGCGGGGAAUGUCACCGGGGGCGGCGGGGCGGAGGGGCAGGUGGUCGCGUCGCCCACCCCGGGGCUGCGGGACCGAGCCAGCCUCCCGUUCGCCGGGGCCGCGGCUCCCACGACGCAGGCCCCGCGGAGCGGCCCCCCGCGCACCACCGUCCGCAGAGCCGGGACUGCGACCCCGUCCGCCGGCUCCCCGGAGACCACCCCUCUCCGCACCACCGCGCGACCCCCCGCCGCCACCGUCCCGCUCCCUGGCCCCUCGCCCGCUGCUCCUUCCGAGGAGGGACGCGCUCCCGCCACCGCCGCCACCGAACCACCACCCUCCAGACCCGCGCCCGGCACCCUUGAGAGCACAGCUGGCCCGGCGCCCACCACCCCGGUAGUCAGCACCGCUCAGGCGCCCGGCAGCGCUCCCGGGACCCCGACCGCCGAGUCCCCGGACAGCAGCAGCGGCGGCGGCGGCGGCGGCGUCCCGCCCACCGCACCUGCCACCACCGAAGCCCCUGCUCCUCCUCCCCCAGAGUAUAUAUGUAACUGUUCUGAGGUUGGAAGCUUGAAUGUGAAGUUCUGCAACCAGACGUCAGGGCAGUGUGAGUGUCGUCCAGGUUAUCAGGGUCUUCACUGUGAAACCUGCAAAGAGGGCUUUUACCUGAAUCACACUGUUGGUCUCUGCCUGCCAUGUCACUGCAGUCCACAUGGAUCUCUUAGCAUUCUCUGCAACAGUUCUGGGAAGUGCCAGUGCAGAGUGGGGGUCACUGGCUCCAUGUGUGACCGCUGCCAAGACGGAUAUUAUGGCUUUAACAAUACAGGCUGCUUGCCCUGCCAGUGCAACGAUCGGGCUAACAGUUGUGAUGCUCUCACAGGUGCUUGUUUAAACUGCCAGGAAAAUAGCAAAGGGGAUCACUGUGAAGAAUGCAGAGAUGGAUUUUAUCAGAGUCCUGAUGCUACUAAAGAAUGCCGCCGCUGCCCUUGUUCAGCAGUGACUUCUACAGGCAAUUGCACAAUAGAAUCUGGUGAAUUGGAGCCUACCUGUGCCCAGUGUAAAGAUGGUUACACAGGACAGAACUGUAAUAAAUGUGAAAAUGGCUACUACAAUUCUGACAGUAUCUGCACACGGUGCGAAUGCCAUGGCCAUGUGGACCCAACUACAACUCCAAAGAUUUGCAAGCCCGAGAGUGGUGAGUGCAUCAAUUGCCUCCAUAACACCACUGGAUUCUGGUGCGAGAACUGCCUAGAAGGUUAUAUUCGAGACCUCCAGAGAAACUGCAUCAAGCAAGAAGUUAUUGUUCCAACUCCUGAAGGUUCUACCAUUUUGGUUUCCAAUGCCUCUUUGACCACAUCAGUGCCCACCCCUGUUAUAAAUAGUACAUUUGCCCCCACAACCCUGCAGACUAUCUUUUCAGUAAGCUCUUCUGAAAACAGCACCUCAGCUCUUGCUGACGUAUCAUGGACCCAGUUUAACAUCAUCAUUUUGACAGUCAUCAUCAUUGUGGUAGUGCUGCUAAUGGGAUUCGUAGGAGCUGUGUAUAUGUACAGAGAGUACCAAAACCGGAAACUCAAUGCUCCCUUUUGGACCAUCGAGCUGAAAGAAGACAAUAUCAGUUUCAGCAGCUACCAUGACAGCAUCCCCAAUGCAGAUGUGUCAGGAUUGUUGGAGGAUGAUGGCAAUGAAGUGGCCCCCAAUGGACAGCUGACCCUGACGACACCCAUUCAUAAUUACAAAGCUUAAGGAGAUGAACUGUCCUCUUGGAUUGUCAGAACGCAGUGCUCACUAAAAUGCAUCUGCCCCCCAGCCACACAUGACCUGGGUAGAGUUUACUGAGAAAGGCAUCAUGCAAGUGAGCUGUUCAGGUACAUACUGUAGUGCGCUUAGCCUAUCUAUUGCUCUUAAUUCCCCAUGAAGAUCUGAAGCAUUCAUCAUCAUUGAGGACAUGAAGUAAAGUAUAUUUUUGUAGCAAACCACAUGUGUGUAUGGAAAGACUGAAUCCCACACAGUAGCCCAAGUCUACCCAGCUUCUCAAAGGACUGCUGGGAAAGUGUUCAUCUCACCAGCCUCGACAGAAUGUUGAUGUGGAGAGGCAAGAAUGAUAGAAGACUUCAUCUCCAUUUUGGAAACAUAUUUUUAAGAGAGAGGCAGGGAUUAUGUUCAUGUUCAUUUUACUGUACUGAAAGCUAUAUAUAACUGAGGACAAGCUGGUUUCUAGGAUAUACCACACUAAACAGUCUUGGCUCUGUGUAGACUAAGGGCAGAAAAGUCCCAAGAGGAUCUGUAGAAGGGCUUGGCUUUCCUCCCACAAGUCUCCUUCAAGGAUGGGAUUAAAGCACAAGAUAAGCCUCUGUGGUGAGAGGUCAGGUGCAGCUCCAGAGAACAGAAAGAUGAUGGUCCUCCUUAGGGGGACUCCUGUCUCUAAAGAAACAAGGUGUACAUAGUUAAUGUAGCAUAUCUGUUCAACGUUGUACUUGUAUCUAUUUGUAAAAAGAUCAUGUCCUAUUUUAUCAUCUAGACUUUAUUUGUAUAGCAGCUAAUGGUGUUGUAAAAAGAAGAUAAUGGAAAUUGGUUAAAAUACUGUAAAAUAGGUGGCAAUAUUGCUAGAGCUGGGACUCUGGUGAGCAUCAUUCAUUUUUAGUCCCUAUUUGGACACUGUUGAAAUUUAUAAGAGGUCAAAUGUUUCUAACCUUUCCUCUCUAAACUUAGAGUCAUAUGCUUUUUGACUUAUCAUAGAUUCAAGCAAUAGAUUUGAAGUCUGUAAUUAUUAAACUGGGACACAGGCUGCAUUCUUAAGACAUUCACCUAAUUAGCCCACUCUGUGUGUUUUACAUUGCUCAGUGUAAACAUCCUCAGAAAAAGACUUCUUUCCUGAAUGUAAAAGACAGUCUUCCAAAUGAUAGAAAUUUUAAAUUAAAAAAAAAAAAAGAAAAGCCAUUGCAUUACUUGGGGCCCCUCAUUUUUAUGCCCAUGAAAUAUUUAUGUGCCUCCCAUAACCUCCAAAAUAAAAGCCUCUGGCAUUUGAGCAUAACCUGUCACCCACGAAUCAUGAGGCAUGUUUGGCUUCUUCAGUGCUAGAAUUUAUCCAUCUUCUUGUCUGGGCAGAGGGUUACUCUGAUUGAGUGUGCAUUUAGGCCUUGCAUUUUAUGCCAUUUUCCUCUGAGGCCCAGUAAUGCUGUUUUCAUCUGUUAUGCAUCAACAGGUUGUGGAUUAAGCAAGUCAAGAAAGGUGGCCCAGACUAUGACUUGGUUAGGGAAAAGCAAAACAAAGACUAGACCUAGGAAAUUCAGACUUAACUUCCUCAGAGAAGUUUGUUCAUCCUCUGUAGGAGACCCCACCUUUUUCUCAGGGUUUGGAAAUGACUGUAGACUAGAGGAUCCGUAGAUAACCUGAGGGUGCUCUGCAUAUGUGGCUGUCUUUAUUAAAGUAAACAUUGCAUCUCAUUGUACUGAAACAACUUCUACGUGGCUGAUUGUUCACCUAGCAGGAGUCUAUGGGUUUAAUCCAAGAAUUACAGAAUAGAUCAGUGUAUUUUUUGUUCUUUGUCAUUUACAAAACACUUUUCCAUGUGUGUUCUUUGAUUCUCACCAUAGCAUCCUAAGGAAGUAGUCUUGUACCCAUUUUAUACAUGAAGAAACUGAGGCACAGAGAGGCUAGAUCAUUCAGGGCUAUACAACACACACACACACACACACACACAUCAUUUUUAUGCUUGGAAUUAAUUCUCACCUCUCUAGUACAGUCAUUUGGCUAUGAGAUAACAUAAAAAUCUACUAGCCAUGGGCCCUAGAAGGCUGGAGUGAGAUUGUGUGUGUGUGUGUGUGUGUGUGUGUGUGUGUGUGUGUGUGUGUGUGAUUUAUGUGAUUUGCAGGUACUAUUCAGGUCCACAUAGCUACAGAUGACUUUGUGGAAAGAACACAGGAGGAUUUCUAUCUAAAGUCAGAAUUAAGGAUAAAAAGGCAAAACUGCCAAUUUGAGUUCAUUAAAAUGAAUUAAUUCCUGUAAUGGGGGUGGGGGUUGCUUUCCCUAGCAGUUAUCAGACAGGUGUGUAUCAACUGCAUCACACAAUUCCAAAGCAUUGUGCACAGCAAUUGUGUCCUUGAUACUCCAUCUGUUGCCAAAAAUAAAGGUAAAGAGAUAAAAUCCAAACAUGUUUACCCAAUAAAUAAAGAAGGAAUGUUUGUAGCAGACUAAGAGCCUAAUAGUCAAGAUUCCAGUUAAAUAGCGUUCUUGAAACAGAUUUUAAAAGAAAACACAGAAAUUAAACCACAAAAAAAUUGUUUAUCAAGUAUGGAUCCUAGGUCAUGUUAAUUUUUCACAGUUAUGAAAAAGUGUAGCCUUAAAUAACAUUAUUUAGUGACCCCAUGAUUCUGCUUCUACAAAUAGUUUUGCUCUAAAGAUCAACCAUGCGGCAAUUGUCUCUUGUAAUUAGAGCAGAAAACCAUUGUAAAAUACAAUGCAGGGUUUUCAUUUUCUGAAGACAUCACCAUCCAGCACCAGGCAUCCUCUAGGAAGUCUAGUGUUUGAACAGUGUUUGUCUAAGUAUUAACGACAUGUUCUUUUUAUUUUUUUAUUUUUUUAUUUUUUGGUUUUACGAGACAGGGUUUCUCUGCUUUGGAGGCUGUCGGUCCAGCCUGGCCUCGAACUCACAGAGUGCUGGGAUUAAAGGCGUGCGCCACCACCGCCCGGCUCAACAUGUUCUUUUUAAAGUAUAAUACCUAUGUGAACUUGACUGAGAAAUAACCAUCACUGCUAUGAAUGAAUUGAUGCUUCUUGCAUCUUCAUUAGCUCACCCCAGUAAGCCCUACGCACUUCUGAUAGGUGGAUGUUGUAGUCAGUGUCAAGCAUGUCUUUGACCUCCCUAUCACUACCACCCUUCACACUACUUUCCAGCACUUUCCUUAUUUACAGUCUUUCCAAUUAUAGAAAAGGCAAAAGGAUAGUAAAAUCUCUUGUUCAAUUGAACAUUCUGUGGACUCAGUGCAUUAUUUUUCCCAGGGAUGCUUGGAUUUUAAGAGAGGGCAACAGGGCAGACAUGGACUAGGAGGAUAAGGUUUUUGUUUUGUUUUUCUUAACAAGGUUAUCCAAGUCCCCAAAUCAUAUUGCUAUUCUCUAGUUCUAAUAUUUCCAGAACCAUUAAUCAUCAAAGCAAUACUGACUUGCUAGUUAAUUAGGCUUAUCUGAUCAUCAAGAUGUUGUGUUUUGAAAGAUGAGAGACAGAGCUUGAUUACUGACCAUUCAUCCUGGUCCUAUGCGUUUUAAUUUGUUAUGCUUGUAUACAUAAAGAUUGAUUCUAAAUGACUGUCCUUGGCUUCUUAUAUUUUGAAGUAGUAUGUGGAUAGGAGUUGAGUUUCUGUAGUUCUCAAGGAAAUUUCUCUGAAAAAAAUAUUCAGAAUGUUAAAAAAAAAAACCAGUGCAAUCUUUAGGGCAACAGAAGUCUCAUCCAUACAUGUAGAUACACACACACACACACACACACACACACACACACACACACACACACACACCACAAAACAAAACAAGAACAAAACCCUUUAGUCUGUUGCUGUUUUUCACAGCAAGUGGUUUAGGAGCUGAAAUGGUUUGGUGUCUAUGUUCAGGGUUGGGGGAGUUGAUAGAAGGCUAAUUCAGUGUUCUCUUUCACUCUGAGCCAAAGACUGUGCCAUGGGGAGAAGCAAGAAAAAUGAUUAUCAGUCUGAAGAAGUCAAAUAAUAUCAAAUGGCUAAAGUUAUGGAUCAUUAAAAUGUCAGUGGUUUUAAUAAUAAUUUUUCAAAGGCAUUGGGGAUGUUGCUUAUUACUUAUGCAUAUGCAGAAACCGCAGCAGCCCUGGAGUGAGCCCAGAGCUUCAGAUUCAAGCUAACCCAAAGUUAAGUGACUUCUAGUCAACUUUUAAUGCUAGGCACAAGCACUCUGUACUCCUAAAUUUCAGCCUAACCAAUUAGGGAAUGUUUCUAAAACAUUAAACUUGUAUUUAUGUCACUAAAAUCCUAACCCAAAAUUUAAAAACAUGUCUCAUGUAUGUACUGUAUUAGGUUUCAUGAUGCAUUUCUAAAUUUGUUUAUGAUUUGAAUAUAUGAAAGAAUUUAUACAAGAGUGUUAUUUAAAACUAUUAAUAAAUGUAUAUAAUUUGUACCUAUUGUAGAUUUGUUUCACUUUUUUAUGUAGAAAUAGAUUUUAGAAGUCUUCAGGUAAGUGCUGAAGGUCACUUCUCGGCUCACUUCAUGGAAGUCUUUGAAUCUUUCAUGUACUGAAAGGAGUGACUACCCCUUGGGGAGAAGAUACCAUGUGGGACAGUUCCUUCUCUUAAAGCAAAUUUAUACCAGAGAUGAAAAUAUAUAUUAAAAUAUAUUAUUGGGCUAGGGAUAGGGCUUAGUUGUAAGACACUUGCAUAUUUUGCACAAGUCUCCAGGUUCCAUCCCCAGCACUUCAAAUAAACAAACAAUACCAAACUA